AUGACGGCUCAAUCAAAAAUACUCAUAAUGUUAGGGUUAAAUAAUGAAAAAAAUAUUGAUUUAAUAUCUAUCAAUAAUAAAGUCAAGGAGAUAUCAAAGGAAGUUAGUGUUAUGACUGAUGAAGAUAAACUUUUUUGGCUGCGAAAAGCUCUUACUUUCAUUGAUCUAACAUCUUUAAAUGAAACCGAUACACUGGAAACUAUCCAAGCUCUAUGUCUUAAAGCAAUUAAACCAUUUAAUACACACGAUAAGUUACAUCCAGCAGCUGUUUGUAUUUACAGUGAAAGAGUUCAAGAUGCUAUGGAUUGUUUGGAGAAUCAUGAUGCUCGUUACAUUUCUGUAGCAACUGUUUCCGGUGAUUUUCCAUCAGGUAAAUUACCAUUCAACGUACGGUUGCAUCAAGUUGUUGAUGCAGCAAAACUUGAAGCUGAUGAAAUUGAUGUAGUUAUUGAUAGAUCACUAGUAAUGACCCACGAUUGGGAUGAAUUAUUGAAGCAGUUGUCAAAAAUGAGAGAGGCAUGUGGAAAUAAAAUUAUGAAAACAAUUUUAUCUGUUGGCGAUCUUCCAAGUUUAAAUCACGUUUACAAAGCAUCCAUGGUAGCAAUGGCUGCUGGAAGUAAUUUUAUUAAAACGUCAACAGGUAAAGAGGCAGUUAAUGCAACUUUGCCAGUUGGAAUAGUUAUGUGUGAAGCUAUUAAGGAAUAUAAAAAAUUAACCGGCGAAAAAGUCGGAAUUAAGCCAGCUGGUGGAAUAAAAACGGCUAUCCAAGCACUCGAAUGGAUAAUACUCAUUAAAAAAGAAUUAGGAGAAGAAUGGUUGAAUAAAGAAUCAUUCAGAAUUGGAGCAUCAAGUUUGCUUGACAAUAUUGUCGAAACAAUUCAUGAAUUAUCAUCUAAACAGUAG